AUGGGUAACUCAAAAUCUGCCAGAGCAUUUGCUAACGAAUCUGAAUAUCAAUAUCAACCACCUGGACCAAAUGAUUCUCGUUCACCAUGUCCUGCACUAAACGCUCUUGCUAAUCAUGGUUAUUUACCACGAGAUGGGAAAAAUAUUCCACAGGAAGUUCUACAACGAGCUGCACAACACAAAAUGGGCUUGAGUUGGUUGGCUACGAAAGUUAUCCUUAAACAAUCAUAUAAAACUGCCGGUCAUGAUGGUUUACUUUCACUUUCUGAUCUUUGUUAUCAUGCACCAGAUAGUAUUGAACAUGAUGGUUCACUUAGUAGAAUAGACGCUACUUUAUCAAAUAAUCAACAAGGAAAAUUUAAUCAAGAACGUUUUAAUAAAUUUCUAUCUUUUUCUAAAGAUGGUAAAUAUUUAACAACAGAAGAUGUUGCUGCUGCUCGUCUAUAUUUCAAAGCAGAUAGUCAUGCACACAAUCCUCAAUGUAUAUGGAAUAAAGAUAUUGAAGAAGCAAUGUGGACAGAAGCUUCAAUUCUUCUACAUAUCUUAGGGAAAAAUGGAAGAAUUAGUAUUGAAGAUGCAAAAUUAUUCUUUGAAAAAGAAACAUUUCCAUCAAAUUGGCAAAAACAUCCUUCAUUUGGUGUACGUGAACGAUAUACCGCUGCGAAAGCAUUGAAAAAUGCAGCACGGAGAAUUGAUAAAUAA